AUGGGCGGUCGUUCCAUUGCGAGGGCCACUCCUGCGCUAGACGCGUUAGGUAACAGGCGGCGUGGAUACGCGAGCAGGAGGGUGGACCGGCGCGCGCCGACUCCGCUAUCGAUCGUGGGGAAUGACGCCCGGGGUGACCCAAAUAGAGCCUCCGUGAUCCCCUCCUCCGCCCCCGCCCUCACAGCACCCCCUCUCCGCCCCGACACUACCCACCAUCGCGGCGAAUUUUCAUAUCAGCUCCUUUAC